UGCCUGCCCGUGGGCGCGUCUCCUGUGAACUUGAAAACCGCCUCCGAAGUCGCCCAUCUCGCCCUGGUUGUGCUCGGCGCUGGGCGAGCCGCGAGCCGACCUGUGGACGCGAGCAAGCCGCACGAGGACGGAGAGAGACACUCCCGCUCCCGCCGCGGCGCUACCCCGGCCGGCCGACUACCUCCUGCCUGCCUCCUGCGCCUCCUGCAGCUCGGCGAUCAGGAUCAGCAGCAUGGACCUGGAGUGCGACAUCUGCACCGAGCGCUUCGACGGCGCCGAGCGGCUGCCCAAGGUCCUGCCGUGCGGGCACACGGCCUGCCUGCAGUGCCUGGGCCGGCUGCCCGACAGCAGCUGCCCGACGUGCCGCCGGGACUUCAACGGCCCGGCGGAGGGACUCACCACUAACUUCUUGGCGCUGAGGUUGUUGGAGGAAGUCAGGCUGGACAGCACUCCCCGCGGCUGGUGCUCGGACUGCCGCACCGACCCGUCACCCCGCUGCUGGAAGGACCACGACGUCCUGCCCGUCAAGAGAGCCCUGAGGCGCCAGCUGCAGGGCGCGCUGCCGCAGGCCGCCGAGCAGCUCCAGGGCCUCCAGGACCAGUGUCGGGACGAGCAGGCCCUGCCCGCCCUCACCCUGCUAACCGGCGAGUCCUGGGACGUGACGCUGCGGGGCGGCGGCCGCGAGCUGACGGGGACCCUGCGGAACCCCGAGGAGCCCCUCACCAAGGCCCUAUGCCUCCUGCUGACGACGAGGGCCGAGCUCACCGAGGACCGAGACGGCUACGAAGCUAGGAAAAUGGUAGCCCCUUGCGACGAACUGCAAGACGAGCCCCCUUGCGAGGCUCUCCCGACGCAGCCCUCAGCGCCCCCAGCGCCCAGCGGCCCCAGCGAUGACGCGGCGGCCCGCGGCCGCGGCCCGCGACCCGGCCCCAGCCAGGCGGUUCCGAGGGACUGGCGCAGACUGCUCUACGGCAACAGCAGCAGCAUGCCGGGUGCCGGGGAAUCGGACAGAGAAUAUGCCCAGCGGGCAUAUAUAGCGAUCGUGUUUCUCGUCGUUUGGUGCAUUGUUGCGACGGUUUCGGCAUGGGCAUUUUGGACUUUUUUUUGCUCCCCUUGUACUUGUUAGUAGUAGUCUGUGCAUUUUAUCCUAAUUUUAGUUUCAUUUUUUAAUGCUAGGAUUUUUUUUUGUUAUUUUGUGAUUGUUUUUGAUUUUAACGUGACCGACCUUACAAUACUCAGUCCUUGCACAUGAUGGAAAUGGCGAGGACGCAAUUUUCAGACGUUCGGAAUCAGCCGGUAGCAACUCCCUACGGCCGGGCUGACACACUGUCUCGGCCGCGCCGCUGGGCCGGGGCGGCGCCCGCGCGCGCUGCAGCUCUCUUUUCUAUUUGUCAUAUCUCCUGUACCAGACCUCAUUUUAACAAAGCGCCUUAUGGCGCUAGAAAAAGAAAAGAACGAGGAAUCUAAUGAUAUAAAUAAAAGUCACUGAAUCGAACCGGAAACAUUUUAAAAUGCGAGUUGAACGCGACCUACGGGGUCCAGAGACGGGACAGGGCACCCUAUUUUCAUUUUUUUUGAGGUUAAAAACGCUUUUAACCCGCCGACCACCAGUGAAUCAAAUGUUCUACAGAUCAUCCCGAAUCAGAAUAGCAGGGUGCGAUUUUUCUAUACUCACCUCGAAAAGAGAGAAUGCGAUAAACUUGAAGUGGGCAAGAUGGCCGCCGGAGCGUCCUCUGUUUUCAGAUUGAAAAAUAAAAUAUUUCUGUUGUUUCA